AUGCCGAUCCGCGCGCUUUGCACUAUCUGCUCGGACUUCUUCGACCACUUCCGAGAUGUGGCGGCCAUCCACUGCGGGCACACCUUCCACCUGGAGUGCCUCUUUAAGUGGUUUGACACUGCACCAAGUCGUACAUGUCCACAGUGUCGGAUUCAGGUUGGCAAAAAAUCCAUUAUCAAUAAGCUAUUCUUUGACCUUGCUCAGGAGGAAGAAGCAGGCUUGGAUGCAGAGACCUUAAAGAAUGAACUGGAUAAGACUAGAGCCCAGCUGUCCUUGAAAGUGAAAGAGAAGAAAGAUUGCCAAUCCAUCAUUGACUCUUUGCGAGAAGUACUAGAUGUGCGCAAUGUUACCAUAGAGUCACUGCAAAAGGCCCUGGGGGAGUCUGAAAUGCUGUGUUCCACCUUUAAGAAACAAAUAAAGUACUUGGAGCAACAGCAAGAUGAGACCAAACAUAUGAAAGAGGAGGCCUACCGCCUGAGGAACAAAAUGAAGACCAUGGAACGACUCGAGAUCCUGCUCCAGAGCCAGCGCCCAGAAGUGGAACAGAUGAUCCGAGACAUGGGAGCAGGCCAGUCUGCUGUAGAACAACUGGCUGUAUACUGUGUAUCACUGAAGAAAGAAUAUGAAAAUCUCAAAGAGGCCCGGAAGGCCUCAGGUGAGCUGGCAGAUAAGCUGAGGAAGGAUUUGCUUUCUUCUAGUAAUAAGUUGCAGAAGGCAUUCUCUGAGCUUGAUAAGACCAAGGAAGAACUAAAAUCAACCCAGAAGGAUUUGCAGAACGCAGACAAGGAAAUUACGAGCUUAAAGAAGAAGCUGAGGAUCCUACAGGGGACCCUGAACCUGCCAUCCCACACCAGUGAGACCCUCAGUCGGCUUGUCUUUGAGAGCCCAGCUCCUGUGGAAAUGCUGAACCUCAAGUUGCGCCAGCCAGCCCAAGGUGAGGACAUUGAUCUGAACGCCUCUUUCGAUGUGGACACGCCUCCAGCCCAGCCCCACAGCUCCAAACUCAUCCCAGCCAAGAAGCUCUGCCUGGAGCAGUCCAGCCCUCUGACUCCUGGCAUUUCCAGAAAAGACAACAAAGAUCCUGUAAAGGUGAAAGGCCUUUCUCUUGGAGGUCAGCAUUGGGCUGGAGAACAAGAUGAUGAGUUGGUGGGGAACUUUCCUUCAUUCAUUCGGAAUGCUGUCCUGGGCAAGAAGAGGCCCCCGGGGAACCUGGGGGACCUGAGCAAGAAUAGUGGAAGUGUAAGAACGGGCUUUGAUGGGCUUGGAGGACGAAGCAAGUAUAUUCAACCUACCGACCCAUCUAUCAUCCGUCCACUGACUGUAAAACCAAAGGCCCGGCGCAAGGUGGUAUCAAGGCCACCAGCCCCCUCUGUCCAGGCUAGGUUGGAUAUUUUCCUGAGAUAA